AUGCCUUCCACCGGACUGAUCGAUCUGAAAACAGCAGUCAACUAUGCUGCCCUCAAAGACCGCAAUGUUCUCAUCACGGGCGGAGCAUCGGGUCUGGGGAAAGGCAUGGUGCAUAUGUUUGCCGACCAUGGUGCCAACAUCGUGGUCGGAGACGUCCAGGAGAGUCUAGGUGCUGCUCUUGAGAAAGAACUCUCCAGCAAGGCCAAAAUCAAGUUCGUCCACGUCGACGUCUCAUCAUUCGCCUCCCAAGUAGCCUUCCUCCGCACGGCUCUCGACUUCUUGCCACGCAACGAAAUCGACAUCUUCGUGCCGUGCGCCGGCGUCCUUGGUCCCCCGACGCAAGUCUCCCCCGCGCCGCCCAGCGAGCUGGCCAACCUGGGAAUCCCGGCCGACGACCUCUCCGGCCGCCUCAUCGGCAUCAACCUGACCGGCGUCUUCAUCGGCACGCUCCUCGUCGCCAGGUACGGACUGGGACUGCACAAGACCCCCAAGCCCGAGCCGGCCAAGAGCAUCGUGCUAGUCUCCUCCCUCGCCGGGUACACCGGCGCCGAGGGCUCGGUCGAGUACACGACGACGAAGUUUGGCAUCCGUGGCCUUCUGCGUGGCAUGCGCAAGCAGCUUGCCGGCAUGAAUGUGCGGCUUAAUGCCGUCUGCCCCUUUUACGUCGAUACGCCCAUGACGGGACAUGCGAUCCCCGUGCUACAGCAGCUGGGGAUUCCGGUCACUGCUGUGGGACAGGUCGUGGAGGCGGUGGCGCGCCUCGCGACGGAUGAGAGCGCCUAUGGACGGUCUAUCUUUGUCAUGCCGGAAGGGCUUUCGGACGGCGGUGAUGACUCGGCUGGUGGGCAUGGUGGCCGGGCCUUCUCGACGGAAGCGUUGGGCGAGCAGUGGACUGUGCUAGUCUCUGGGGCCAUGUCGGACGAUAUUGGGAGUUGA